GGCGCGCUCGUAGACAUCAGCGCGCGUGUCGCUCUCGGUGUUUCUUGUGCAUCAGCGCGCGUGUCGCUCUCGGUGUUUCUUGUGCAUCAGCGCGCGUGCCGUUCUCGGUGUUUCUCUUUCCGGCGUGUCUACGCGCCUUCGGCGAAUCGGGGUGUGUCUGCACAAACAAGGAAGCCACCGAGCGCAAAUAACAACACCACCACCACUAGUGGGGCUAAAAUGCAGCACAAUGAAAAACUCAAAAGCCGGAUAUGACACUUGUUUGGACUGAAAGGCGUCUUGAAACCAUGAAGAAGCAGCACCAAAGCCCCGCUAAGCUCGCGGCAGAAGUGCGCGUGCCAGAAGGCGAAGCUACCGUGCAGCAACUUAACGAGCUUUUGUCUGACAGCAGCGGCUUUUACACUUUACCAGCGCAACAUUUCAACGAGGUGUUUCCUAGGAUUUACAUCGGGAACGCAUUUGUGGCCCAGAAUGUGAUGCGUUUGCAGCGGCUCGGCAUCACACACAUACUCAACACAGCGGAGGGCAACUCCUUCAUGCACGUGAACACCAACGCUGAGUUCUAUGCAGGAAGUGGGAUCACAUACCAUGGCAUAAAGGCCAAUGACACGGAACAGUUUAACCUCUGUGCCUUCUUUGAGGAAGGGGCCGACUUCAUUGAAAAGGCUCUGGCACAUGCAAAUGGAAAAGGAAAAGUGUACGUUCACUGCCGAGAAGGCUACAGCCGCUCCCCGACUAUGGUCAUUGCUUACCUCAUGCUGCGCCAUAAAAUGGAUGUGCGAGUGGCGACGGCUACUGUAAGGCACAAGAGAGAAAUCGGGCCCAACGAUGGCUUCCUGCGCCAGCUGUGCCAACUCAACGAGAAGCUGGUCAAAGAGGGCAAGCUGAAGACUAAAUGAUAGACAACAAAUCUAUCACUCUUCUGUCAUCAGAGAUUUGUCUAGUCUAGUGCAAAGAUUUUACAGUCUAGCUCCCUCUCUCUUUUUCUUUUUCUUUUUCUCUUUCUUUCUCUUUCUCCAUCUCUCUCUCUCUGUCUCUCUCUGUCUCUCUCUCUCUCUCUCUCUCUCUCUCUCUCUCUCUCUCUCUCUCUCUCUCACACACACACACAAACACACACACACACCAAUAUACACAUGCAUAGCUAAAAGAACUGUUAGUCUUGCACCAUACACAUACAGGCACAGAUACACACACACGCACAAACACACACACACCCACACACCCACACAAACACACACACACACACACACACACACACACACACACACACACACACACACACACACACACACACACACACACAGUGUAACAGUCUACAAACCGAAAUGUCCUGCUUCUCUAUGUACAUUAUCGCAUACAAAAUAAUUAUAUUUAAUAUAUUUUACAAUAUAUUUAUAUUUUGCAAUAUAUGACUUAUAUAAAAUGUUACAGUAUAUUCCAUUUACACGUGGAGUGUGAACCACUCCUGCUGCCAUCUGUUUGUACGUCUAGCAUCUUUGGAGCUCUUUAGCCCAGUUUGCAUACAACAGUUAAAUUUAGAGCACAGUCACGCCAUAGUCUCCCACUGCCGGACUUUUCACAGUGAUCGAUCCCAUUCCAUUUUGUAUAUGGUUAUAUAUGGAGGAAUUUCAAAACGAUGCAGAGUGUACACAUACCUCUGUAGAAAAAGCACCGAAAUUACACUUUGUGAAUUAUGAAUUAAUGCUAAAAUAUUAAAUACUUAGCUCAUUGCAGCUGAAACUACCGACUGAUAUUUCCAUCAGUGCUCACAGAAUCAGUUUAAACAACUGACAGGGUAUCCCAAUGAUCUUUUCAUGUUAUCAUUAUUUUUGUACAGUAGUUACACACACAUGAAGUGCACAUUGCUCAGCCAAAAUCUGUAAAAAAAGAAAGAAUCUGUAUCAGCCAUGAUACAGUGCAGCAUGAGAACUGGCAUAGAUCAUCUGACAUGUCAGUUUACUCUUUACCAAUCCUGAAUAACAUCUGAACCUUUCAUCCUCCUCAAGAUUAGUCAAACUGGAGUGUAACCAUUACCAUCAUUAUGUUUAUGUGCUUGCUUAUGUAACUGUAAGUACUCUUUAUCAAGCAUCAAACACAAGGUCAAGCCAUGCUUUAUAGGGCAUUACUAGCAUAUAUAGUGUAUUUUAGAGAAUUACUUCAAGCCAAUCUCAUUAUUGGGUCUUCCUUGUAGCUCUGAUGUUGAGAGUAGGAUUACAAACAGGGACUGGAAAAGAUGAUUCAAAUUGGACUGAGAGCACAAAAGAAAGAUCUGAGCACCAUUAGUCCACUUAGUGAAGGCCAUUGGUCAAAUUUAAAGCCCUAGUGUUCUCCCUGUGUUUUUAAUGGUUAAGGAGACUCAUAUAUCACUUAGAACCCACGAUAUAACUAGGCCACAUGAAAACAUAGAUCAUUUUCUAUUCCAGUUAAUCCAAUUUAUAUAUUUAUAUGCAAUGCAGAAAUAUUAUAUCAAUUAUAAACAUGUACAUAAACAGUUAGGUGUUGACAUAUAUGAAUGUAUUAUUAACUGUAUGUGUAUUACUACAGUAUGUAUUCUCAAACUAAUAUCCAACUUAUUGUAGCCAUGAUUCAUAUCAUGUUAUCACAUAAGGCCAUUGAUCAAAAUACCUUUAUAUGGAUUAUUUAGAGCAGGGAUUAUCAACUAGUACAGCAUAUCAGGGUCUACAACAGAAAGGAUUCAACUUAGCUGAACUGAGCAUGUUUCAUUAAAAACCUGUAGCAGGUUGUUGGUUGUGUCUUAUUCAGCUUUAUGGCAACUCACCAUACCAGAUGUUGUCCAUAGUGGUAGAGACAUUAAUUCAGCAACAGAUGGCAUUUUCACUUCAAAACCUUUUAUAAAUGGGUGUUCAAGACUUUAUUCUCCCACAAUGCAAAACAACCAGUUGCACAUUUACAAAAUUUUGUAAACAUUUACAAAAAUGUGUUAAAAGUUAUUCAAGUUCAAUUAGGAAUGACCACCAGAAUGUGCUUUUGUAUGCAUGGUAUUGUUAUGAAGCUGGACCUUGACAAAUUUUAGCUGAAUACCUGCUUUAGAGUUUCAGGUAUUAAUUCAUGGGGUUUACAGUUCCAUAAAAGCUAUUAAUCCAUCACAA